GUCUCUGCCCGUUGUAGUUUUGCCCUUCGUGAUGAAAUUUUUGUUGAUAAAAUUUUGCUGUGCUUGGAGAAGGCGAGGCAUCGAGAUUAGUGAAGAGGUGAUAAAUACACACAGAGCGCUUAACGGUACAACCGGCGGCUAAACAAUGUCACAGAUAAAAGGAAAGCCAGCAAGGGUACAGGUUGAUCCUAAUGAAUUUGAGGAGGAGCAGCCACCUCAAACAGGUACUGUUUACAACAUUUGGUAUAACAAAUGGAGUGGAGGUGGUAACAACCAUGUUUUGGUGAAGUCCAAGUAUAAACUGGACGUUGAAAGAGACAGCGGUUAUACGAGGGCCGACAAGACGCAGGGUACGGGUUAUUUCUGCUUAUUCUUUGCGAAGGGGAUGUGCUCCAAGGGUAAGAAGUGUGAAUAUCUGCAUCGCAUACCCAGAGACGAUGAUGUCUUCCCCUUAACUGUGGACUGCUUUGGCCGUGAAAAGUUUAGUGAAAACCGUGAUGACAUGGGAGGCAUUGGUAGCUUCAACACAGUUAACAAGACUCUGUAUAUUGGAGGUGUGCUGACUGAUCGGAAGGACGUUCAAGACCGCAUUAACGGUGAAUUUAAACCGUUGGGCAAGAUUUCCAAGAUCAACGUCAUCUCCGGGAAGAACUGUGCCUUUGUCACUUUCAAGAGUGAGAGCAACGCUCAGUUUGCCAAAGAAGCGAUGAAUGGACAGAGUCUAUACGGUACUGAUAUACUGAGUGUCAAAUGGGCACACGAAGAUCCGAACCCUGAGGCCAUACGACAAAAGAAGAGAACAAUCGAGCAGGAGACUCAGCAGGUUGUCCUGCAGUUAUUGGAUAAGUACAAGAGACAAAGACAGGAUGACGGUCCUCAUGUCGAAGAGCCUGAAGAGCCCGAACCUGUACAAGUGGUACAGCAGCUUAAGCAGAUCGAGGAUACAAAGCCAACCACAACUUCAAACACCAACGGCAUACUCAGUGGAGUUUCCUUGGAGCUCCUGAAGCGACUUCCACAGCCAAAGCCCACGGAUCGGAAGAGCCUGGUGAACGCAUAUGAAAGUAGCGAUGACGAUGACGAUUAGAACGCCCAAUGUUAUGAUGCAAUCCCUGUACACUCUUAUAACAGUAGCUACACGCUGAACAACGACGGCCAGCAUAUGUUUGAGACUCAGUCCUACGCCACGCUUCAGCCCAGCUACAACCAGUAGCUGUGACAUGUUGAUGAAAGCCCUCUGCGGAUCGAACCUUGCCGUGGCAUUUUUAUGUGUCAAACAGGCUGCGCAAGCAGCAAAGGGGGCAGAAAAACAAAAACAACAACAACAACAGUAGGCCCACGUUGAUAAGAAGUUUCGCUCUGUUUCUCUCCCUUGUUUGCUCUGUACAAUUGCAUCACGCCGUUGCUGGUCAACCGCUUCACCAAGUACACCGAGCACAACAACGGGAAUGCACCUGGUGAAGAGGUCCUUAACCACCUACUCAAAGGACUACAGCGCGCUUGCGCGUAGUUAUGAGCUGACACAAUCUGUCACC